UCGGCCCCGCCCACCGCGCAGGAAGAGAGAAGGAGAGCGAAGGCGGGAAGCGGCGAGAGAGGAGAGGAGAGGAGAGGAGAGGAGAGGCGGCGCCAUGGAGGCCGCGGAGCCGGUGCUGGAGGCCAAGGAAACCGAGGAGAGAACUCCCCAAGAAAAUCCCAGCCCUUGCCUGCUAGAAAGACAUUUGAGAAGUAAGCCUUUGAUGAGACAAGUGAGAAUUCAGCUCACGCCUGUGCAGCUGAGCAGCGACGGAGAAGGAGAGCGCAAAAGGCAUUUGGCUCAGAAACGUUUGUUGGAACAGUUUUCCAACUCUGAAAUGUGUUCAAGCGACGAACCAACAGCCAAGAAAGUCUGUGAUCACCAUGCUCUGGGGUCCCAGAACAGCGAGGAGGCAGCCUUUAGGGGGGAAUCUCCGGGACGUGCCCCCGUUGCCUCAGAAGACAGCAGCAGCAGCGAUUCGGAGGAUCCGGAGAACGUUGGGAAGGAUUAUGAGGAUGGGUCCCCAGAGCUGUCUGCGUAUGAGAGAAAAAGGCUGAAGAACAUAACAGAAAAUGCAAGAUUUUUUGCUUCUCUAAAAAUGUUUGAGACAGCUGCAAGACUUCGUGAAAUCACAACUAAAGGGAGAUCCUGUGAGAGAAAAAGAGUUAGGCCCCCAAAGUCAGAGCCGGCGACAGCUUGUCGAAGGUCCAUGCGCUUACAGAGAGUGGAUCCCACGGGUCUCCCCUUGCCGGAGCCACAAGCCCAGCCAGAACCCGUGGAAGAACAUCCCCGCUUGCCUCCUGGGCUGCUCCCAAUGGUGCCUGCAGAUCAAGAGCAGGGAGCUGAACGGACCAAAGGAUUCCUGGAGAUGUGGGCAAAAAUAAGCCAGGUCGAACCUAAGGAGGAGGAAAGAAUAACGUGCACUUUGGAAAGCUAUCAGUCUAGUCUUCGCAGAAUGGUCCUCAGCAGAGACUCUGUGGCAAAAGUGGUCAGAGACAGGAUUUACUCAGUGGCCGUCCAUCCGUCCGAAAGCAAGACUUUGGUGGCUGCUGGAGACAAGUGGGGACAGAUUGGUCUCUGGGAUUUGGAGUGCGGCUCAGAAGAUGGAAUCCAUACCUUUGUCACCCACAGCAGGCCCGUUAGCUGCAUAGGCUUCUCUCCAUCCAAUCCCGCUCAGCUUUUUUCCCUCAGCCACGACGGGACCAUAAGAUGUGGGGAUGUUACCAGAGCAACCUUUGAGGAGGUGUACAGAAACGAGGAGCAAAGUCUCUCCUCGUUUGACUUCCUGGCCAGCGAUGCCUCCACUUUGCUGGUGGGGAUGUGGGAUGGGAUCGUGGCCGUGGUGGACCGCAGGACGCCCGAAACUUCCUCGGAGCUCUCGGCGGACCUUGAUUCGCUGACGAGGACUGUCCACGUCCACCCGGUCAACAGGCACUAUUUCGUUAUCGCUGGAGCCAGGAAUGUUGGCAUUUAUGACGUUCGGCACCUGAAGAUGCGUGGGAACAAGCCCGUGGUGUCUCUGGCCGGGCACACCAAGAGCGUGGCUUCGGCUUAUUUCUCUCCCGUGACCGGAAACAGAGUGCUGACCACUUGUGCUGAUGAUACACUCAGGAUCUUUGGAACCAAAUGUUUGUCGUCUUUGGCUCCUGCUCUCACAACAAUCAGGCACAACAACAACACGGGACGCUGGCUCACCCGAUUCCGUGCCGUGUGGGACCCCAAAAGAGAGGACUGCUUUGUGGUGGGGAGCAUGUCCCGCCCGAGGCGGAUCGAGGCCUUCCGCGCCAACGGGGAGAUGCUGCAGGCCUUCCUCAGCGAAGACCACCUGGGCUCCAUCUGCUCCAUCAACGCCUGGCACCCGAGCAGGUACAUCUUGGCCGGCGGGAACUCCAGUGGCCGCCUCCACGUUUUCAAGGAGUGAAGGAGUGACAAGAGUCCUGGCUCUUAACACCAAAACUCAAGAGUCUGGCUGGCUUUUUUUCAGUUUGUGUUGUGGCCUGGCAUUUGUCUCAGGUGAAUGUGUUAAGAUACAGCAGACCUUGGAAUGGUAUGGAUCAGACCUGGGCAAGCGUUGGCCCUCCCUCCAGGUGUAAGAGCUUAUAUGCUGUUAGGAAUUGUGGGCGUUGAAGUCCAAAACACCUGGAGGGAGGGCUGAAGUUUGCACAUGUUUGGUAUGGAUUCUUAGUUGUGGGAAUGUGGCUUGCAUGUGAGCAGAAAGGAAUCCUGACUUAGGUCUAAUUGCCUAAUUGGACCUGCCACAAAUGCAAGUGGAUGAAAAAGCUGUGUGCAAUUUUAAAACACAGCAUUAAUGUGCUUUUUGCAAAAUUCUUGAGCAACCUUGGGUGGAAUAUAGUUUCAGUUUGAAAACCUUGUGAUUUUUGCAGCCUCAGACAAGAAAGCAGUGCUUAAUCAUCAUGCAAAAUGUCAGUAUUAUGAGAUUUGGACAUGGUUUUGUUGUGAUUCAGGAGCAGAUAUAAGGUGCGGACUCACUUAAUGCUGGCUUACUCGAGCAUUAGAAAGUAUUCUAAUUUCUUUUGGCCUGGGAAGCCCUUGGGGCGUUUCGCAUCAGUGUUGUCCUUUUCUUGAAAACGUCGGGGGCUAAAGAUUUCGGAUCAGGGUUCUGUUUCACAGCAAUUGCUUUGCAUUGAAAGCAGUGUAGGCUCAAUGGUACGGAAAAAUAAUAAUUCAGACCGGAUUGUUAUGACUUGACAAUGAAGUGUUGUUGUUCUUUAGAUUUUAUUUGCCUGUGCUUCGGCUUCUUGAAAGAGUUUGAAAUAAAAAUAUAUAUUAAAAAGCUAGCUUUACAAGCGUUUUUGAACCCAACAUGCAUGAGGAUAGACUUGCAAUGGGUAAACUUUGGGCAUCCAGGUGUUUUGGACUCCAACUCCCACCAUUCCUAAUAGCCUCAGGCCCCUUCCUUUUCCCCCUCAGCCGCUUAAGCGGCUGAGGGGGAAAAGGAAAGGGCCCGAGGCUGUUAGGAAUGGUGGGAGUUGGAGUCCAAAACACCUGGACGCCCAAAAUGUCCCCAUACCUGUCAUAGAUUGACCCAUUCCCUCCCUCGAUUUACUCAACGAGACACGGUUUUUCUUUUUUUUCAUCGUAAUUAAAUAUUUAUUUAAAUUUAAAAAUACUUCUUUUAAAUAUGGCACCAAUGAUUUUACACUAACUACAGGUUGAAUAUGUAGAAAAGGGUACAUCAUUUCGAAGGGGUGGGGUGUGGGAGAAAGGGGAAAUGUAACAUACAGCAUUUGGCACAUGGAAGGUUAACACCUAUAUUCUUAAGAAACCUAAAAUUCACAUUUUUUUCCAGGUAAUUUUUUUUUUUUACCUUCUACUGCGUAAAAAAAGGUGCAGUACGCUAGUCCUUAUUAUUACGAGUUUUUUUGUUUGUUUGUUUCCUCUGAUAACAGCAACCUAUGGAAAUCACCACAGUUUAUACAAGUAAGACCUGGGACGACUCCGUCGUGAGACAUGACAAAACGACAUGGGGUAAAAUAUUAGGGGUGAAACAGACCUACUUUUUUAUCAGUUGCUGGCUGGUCAGGGAAAAAAGCUAUUUGGCAAAAGGAGGAAGAGGGUCUUACGAGUCAACCGCAGUCUAGAACCGGUUGGCCGCCUUCGGUAGCAUUGAUACGUUGCUUGUUUUCGAAAGGAAGGUGUCCGUUGUACAAAAUGGUUACAAAUAGGAUGGGGGACAGGUUCGAGGCAUAUGACGAUCAACAACAACACCCACAAUUAGAACAUGACGUACUUACUGCAUCGUCGUCUGGAGAAUGGAGGGUAUCAAAUUAAGACUUUUUCACUCGCUGCAUAGAAGCAUCGUUUACUACAGACUGAGGUAGGAACACUACACUAGAAGUUUCACUUGGUUGCCGUGUUGCAUAAAACAGUGUAUGUCCUUAUAGAAGCCAUCCUUUCCUCUCCGGGCAGAAGUGUUAAUGUACCUGUGUAAAACUGGGGGUGUCGUUGUGGUUCCUGCACUGUAUGGCCGAUGUGUUCUUGCAGCAUUUUCUUCUGGCCUUUCGCCUGCAUUUGUGGCUGACAUCUUCAGAGGAUCUGAUGGUAGGCAAGCAAGUGGAGUAUACAGUAGAGUCUCGCUUAUUAUGUUGCUAUGUAAUGUAUGUGUUGUUUUUUUGAUUGGAAACCGCCCUGAGUCCCAUCCGGGAGAUAGGGUGGUAUAUAAAUAAAGUUUUAUUAUUAUUAUUAUCUAUUUUAUGACACAGCAAACAAGAUAGAUAUGAUGGAUUUUGUAUCACAAAAUCACAAGUCGAACACUUCCGAAGUGUCUAGGACUGUGUGAUGUAUUUUUGGAUGAUGCGCGCAGAUCCCAGCAGGGUGGCCUUUUUAAAAAAUUAUUUAAAAUUAUUAUUAUUUAUUUUUAAAUCUAUAUAUAUAUAUAUAAAAGGGUAAUGAAAUUUCGGCCUAGGACAAAACAACAAAACUACACAUUCCAGAAACACUAAACUUGGCAGCACAACCCCUCAUCCGUGCCUCUACGUUCAUACAACAAAAAGAAAAGAAAAAUAAAGUCCUAAUUAGAGUUAGAGGUAUAAUUGUUUUUAUCCAAUUGCUGCCAGUUAGAAGGCUAAGCUCCGCCCACUUGGUCUCCUAGCAACCCACUCAGCCCAGGGGACAGGCAGAGUUAGGCCUCACUUAGGCCUCUUCCACACUGCCUAUAAAAUACAGAUUAUCUGAUUUUAACUGGAUUAUAUGGCAGUGUAGACUCAAGGCCCUUCCACACAGCUAUAUAACCCAUUUAUAAUGGACUUAAUGUUAGGGAAAACCUUUACCUUUGACCUUAACUACCACCAAUUCCUCAAUACUUUAUUUCCCAUACCACCAUACUUUGCCACAGCAACGCAUGGCUGGGCAAAGCUAGUAAUAAUAAUAAUAAUUAUUAUUUAUUAUCCAAGCUCCGCUUAUCCAAGGUUCUGUAUUAUCCAAGGCAGUUUGCCUUUUAGUAGUCAAUGUUUUUGUAGUUGAUUUUUCAAUAAGUUGCAAAAUUUUGGUGCUAAAUUCAUAAAUGCAGUAAUUAUUACAUAACGUUAUCGUGUGCUUUUUCUAUCCAUUUGUUGUAAACCAUGAUGUUUUGGUGCUUAAUUUGUAAAAUCAUAACCUAAUUUGAUGUUUAAUAGGCUUUUCCUUAAUCCCUCAUUAUCCAAGAUAUUAGCUUAUCCAAGCUUCUGCCGGCCGGUUUAGCUUGGAUAAGUGAGACUCUACUGUACUUUGAAAAUGAACAAAAUGUAGCUACCUGUAUUGAAAAACCAGAAUCAGGACAGUGAGUGAUGAACACCACCCAGGCUCAGCAGGUCUCUGGCGAGCAAACCAUUGAAAUGGAAUGAAGGCCAGGCUACUUUUAAGCAGAUGCCAUCACUAAUUGACUGUGCUAUCUUCAUGGUUACUCACAUGCUAAUGGAUGGAUCCCACUCAAACACUUGCAAAUCAAGCUUGCUAAUGGCACCCUUUAUACUUCGUUAAUAGACGAUGGUUCUUUCUCCCACCUUGGACAUCCCACAGGUGUGUGUGUGCACAUACACAUACUAGCUUUACCACCAUCAGAUCCUCUGAAGAUGCCAGCCACAAACAAAGCUGAAACACCAGGAAAAGAAAAUGCUGCUCGGCCAUAUAGCCUGGAAGCCACGCAACACCCCAGUGAUUCCGGCCUUGAAAGCCUUGAAAUAUACCUGUGUAAAAAAGUUGAUGUGAAAGCCAAAACGUCUCUUUUUGACUUGUUAAUGAUAAUAGUUGGCUGUUCUGGCAGUUGCAAGUUAAUGCUCUCCCAGCAAGGUGUGCAAAUGUCACAGGAUCCUAAGGGAACACGUGUGUGUAUGUAGGUAUGUGUGCGUACGUACGUACGUACACACACCGCAGCCGAGUCCUUUCCGACGCUCGCUGUAUUGCUCGUAUUGGUUAUUGUGCUCGUUUCCCCCCCGGUGGGCAGAAUGACCAGACCUGGGGAGGAGGUGGUCAGUGCUGGGGGCCCCCUCCCUUGCGUGUCGCCCUUUUGCGCACCCGUGUUCUGGCAGUGCUUCAUUUCUGCGUGAACACGGCUGCAGCUAAGCGUGCAAACCUGGGACAGGAGCGUGCAGCCAGCCUUCCCCAAAGAAGUACGUAAGUGUUUUUCUGAUCCGAUUCCCAGAUAACGGCCUGGAAUAAUCUCUUCCCUGAGAUGAAAUAAAACGCUGGCCAAAGUCUGGCUUCACGCUCUUGCCCUGUGAACCCUCUUUUUUUAUUGCUCCCUUUUUUUAAAACAAAUGAGCUGCUCUUGGAUAUAAAUAAUAAUAUAAUUCACAUCACAAGAUAAUUUUUUCCCCUUCCGUUUGGAGACAGCGUCGGUCAGAUUGCGUUGCCGGCUUCUUCGCUUUCCGCGUCGACUUUGCCAUCCUUUCUCUCCUUCCCUGGAUCGGUCGGAUGAAGCGGCGCGAGAAAACCGUUUUCUUCCCUUCCUGAAUCUUAUCUACAAGUGGGUUAGUACAUGAUGCCCAAAAGGCCAUUCUUUU